AUGUUGACAGGUUCUAGUGCUGUUGAACAUGCUGCUGCAGCAAGUACAGCAGAUGCUUAUUCUAGCCUUGUGAAAGAUGAGAUAGAUUUCAAGUUUGUCUCCAUUUUCAGAUUUUUUCAUCCACGUGAGGUGUCAUCUCAAGUUUUUAUGGACGUUUCUCAUGAUCCUUGUAUUUCUGGACAGGUGCAAGAAGCCAUUCUGGGAGAUAAAUCUGCGCCUUCGGUGUGUGAGACGGCUUCUGAAGCGUGCAUAUUAGACCCUACGAGUUUG